AAUAGGAAUUAGCAAAAUGACAACUUAAAAGUUUGAAUUUCAAAAAUUCUAUGAAUUGUUAUUUUGUAAUCAAUUAACUUUUAUAGAUAACUAAUAGACAGAGAGUAUAUGUCUUUAUUUUAAUGACUACUAACUUUAAAAUUUAUAAUGCUGCAGAUCUUUGGCAGAUCGAAACCAGCUCACCCGCUAUACCUACAUUUAGUCAGAAACUGGAUAAAACUCUUGGAGACGAUGGAAUACCGUUAGGAAGUUUGACUGAAGUUUUAGGCUUACCCGGCACUGGGAAAACUCAACUGUGUUUACAGUUAUGUGCAUCUGUCCAAGUCCCUAAAGUAUUGGGUGGCCUACAAUCUGAAUCACUGUACAUAGACACAAAUACAAACUUUACAUUAUGUAGAUUUAAAGAAAUAUUAUUUGCUAGCUUAGCUAAAUGCCAAAGAUUAUUGGAUACAUCAAUAGCUAUAAGUGAGGAAGAUGCAUUGAAAAAAUUUCAUUAUAUUAAGACAAUUGGCCUGGAAAAAUUUUGCUCGUUUUUAAACCAAUUACCAAAUUAUUUAACUGAAUAUCCUAAUGUGAAGCUUAUAGUAAUUGAUUCUAUAGCCUUUCCAUUUAAAGAAGGUUCAAUAUCUCUGAAACAAAGAACCGGAUUGUUGUUCCGUUUGAUGGCUGACUUACACAAGUUAGCUGUAGAUAAACAAAUAGCUGUGGUGUUGACAAAUGAAAUGAGUAAUAGAUUAGGUCUAUCGUCCGGAGCGCUUGUUGGCGCUUUGGGUGAUGCUUGGGCUCAUCGCUGUAAUAUACGCCUUCUCCUCUGUGCUGAUAAGAAUGAGUCCUGUGCUGUUCUGGCAAAGAGUAAUACUGCACCAGAGGCAGCUGUUAAAUUCAAGAUAACAAGGGAAGGAAUACGGGACGCUAACUGAAACGAACUUGAAACAUACAAUAGUUUUAUUAAUAAUGUAUUUUUAAUAUAUAUAUAAUAAUACAUCGUAAACAAAACUACAGCACCAAUAAAUAUCUCAUUUUCACAAAAAUAUCAAGCAUAUUACUAAGAAACAUUUCAACAGUUAUAAAGGCAGUUUCACAACGGAACUCAAUUCACCGCAAGCGCUAUACACACAUAUGUAGUCUUAUUAUGCUCUUAAGAAACGAGAGUGAGUAACACCCGUUUGUAGUCGCCUUUCGUAUCAUCCUGCAAAAUAUUACAUUCAAUUCUAUUAAACUACACAUCCGAUGCAUGCAUUGCUUAAAAAUAUCUUUUAAAAAAAAUAAAUUUCAUUUUGCAAAUAAUUUAUUUUGCAGGACUAAGCGCUAAGUGUGACUAGCACAGUCUUGAAGUCACCGUCUAGAUCGUCCUGUAAAGAUAUACAACACAACACUGUACUAGCAUUUCAUAUUGAAACUGGCCCAUAAUUUCUAUUAAUAAAUCACACGGCGUGCAAUCGAUAUCAGCAUGAGAUUACAAAACAUACAAAUAUAUAUAUAACUUAUGAUAUCAAAAUGCAUUAAAAUGUACCCAAAGGUACGAAAUGUUCACACGGCACAGGCUAACGUAGUUAAGAUGUCUUAAAACCGGUAGCCUUAGUAACACAUUGCAGAUAGGAGAUAACCGAGGGAUCCUUCAA